CAUCACUUCUUUCUUGUCAGAUAAGAGGUGAGGUGAGCUAAUCACAGACUGAAGACACAGUAUGGAGUCAGUGGGAGUGAAUCUGAUUGAGACAGCUGCUCUUGGGAGACCGUUCCAGCUCGGCAUGCUGUACGACUGCAGAAAAGAUGAGUUAAUAGCAGGAAUCAGAUUUUGGAAUAAAGAACAGAUGGAGCAGAAUAUUUGUGCUCGUCCCCAGAUUAAUACAAAUUUCACUGUCACAGCUUCAGACUCCAUUAAAGACAAAUCUAAGUUACUAAAUAUUGAAGGAGCACUGAACCUGAGUGUUUUAGGUGGACUCGUCCAGGUUAGUGGAGCAGCAAAGUAUCUCAAAGACACCAAGACGUCUUUCAUCCAGCAGAGACUGACGCUACAUUAUCAUUCAACCUGCGAGUUUAAAGAACUGACCGUGAAUCAGCUGCCUCCUGAAAACAUUCCUGAUGAUGAUAAUGCCACACAUGUAGUAACAGGAAUACUGUAUGGAGCAGAUGCCUGCUUUGUGUUUGACAGACAAGUUUCUUCAGAUGAGGAGAAAAGAACAGUAAAAGGAGAAGUUAAAAUGGCUGUGGAGAAACUGAUGGAUAUCAUUUCUGCAAAUGCAAAUGCAAAUGCUGACCUGGACAUGAAUGACAUCGAGAAUACUGAAUUCAAAAACUUCACUUGUACGUUUUAUGGUGACUUCCAGCUGCCGUCUAACCCAACCACUUUUGAAGAUGCGAUGAAGGUUUUUGCUGAUCUUCCAAAUCUUCUGAAAGAUAACCAAAAGCUGGCGGUUCCUCUGAGAGUUUGGCUUUAUCCUCUUCACAAACUUCACUCAAGAGCUUCAAAACUUCAGAAAGACAUCAGCAUGGAUCUAAUCCAAGAAACUGAAUCAGUGAUUGAGAGUUUAAAUACAGCUGAGAUGAAAUGCAGUGAUCUUCUGGAAGACUCUCCUGCUGCGGCUUUUGCUGCAUUUCAUGAUAAAAUACAGCAAAUGAAGCAGAACUGCUACAAGUACAAGUUGAGACUCAUGAAGAAGCUCUGCUCUGUGCUGCCAAACAUCCGUGGAGACGUGAUGAAUGAAACAACACUGAAUGAUCUUCUUCAAGAACACGAAGAAUCUCCAUUCAAUGAUAGAGACCUCACAGAAUGGCUGAAGGAGAGAGAAAGAGAGUCUGAGAUCAUUAAAUCAGUCCUCAGACAGCUGGAGGAUUACGGUGCACAGGUGGAAGACAACAUAGAUGCCAUCAUGAUGGAUCUGGAGGUCGGGAAUCUGGUCAGUUACACGUUCACAUCUCUGGACUGCUCAGACAUCAUCCUUCAGAAACAAAAGAUCUAUCUGAGUUCUUCAACAAAAGAAGAAAAGGUAGAGAUAAGCCCUGAUAUCAAGCAAAAGUCUUGGCUCACUGCCAAGAUCCAGAAGACCAUGAGGAGAAACUUGGAGAUAUUUAAGAGCUUAAUUGAUUCAAAGGACUGUAAACCUGCAAAGUUUAUCAUAUCCUCCAAAGAAAUGGUGAAUAAUCCUGGUUCCUGUAUUCUGCUGUAUGAAAGUGAAAGUGAUGAAGCUGUGUGCUUUACUCCUCCAUCCAAACCAGUCUGUCCAGUCACUUUAGAGGUCAAAGGUCAGAGUGUGGUCCUGAAGGUGGUUCCUCCAUCAUGUCCUGCUACAGUGGAGCUCAGAUUACUGUAUAAAGUGAAGCAGGACUCAGUCUGGAGAUCUGAAGCUGUGCUGAAGGAUCAACACACAGUUACUCUGACUGAUCUGAGAUCAAGAGCUGAGUAUGAGAUCAAGUGUGCAGCGCUGGGGAAACUCAACUACACCAGAGAGAGUGACGUGAUCACAGUCAACACACAGAGCGAUAUGAGGAGCAGUGCAGAGAUGGAGAAAGGACAGAAAAUGACAACUAGACCUGGGGUUGCACAUGAUAUAAAGAACAACUUGAGCAGAAAAAUAGAAGGUGGAAGCAAUGAAAACCUACCCUUGUUUAAACUCAAUCUAGAUGAAACAUGGCAGAACAGUGAUGGAUUCUGCAGAAGAAGCACAUUUGGGAAAAACAUCACAAAAGAGAACAAGACCAUUAUAAUGAUCGGAGCCACAGGUGCAGGAAAAACCACUCUGAUUAACAGCAUGAUCAACUACAUUAUGGGAGUGGAGUGGGAAGAUGACUUCCGGUUUGUGCUGAUAGAUGAAGGAAAGCAGAAAUCUCAGGCUGAAAGUCAGACAUCAGAGAUCACAGCAUACCAGAUUAAUUAUAUGGAUGGUUUCCGGGUCCCAUAUUCUUUGACCAUUGUGGACACACCAGGCUUUGGUGACACCAGAGGAAUCUCACAUGACCAGAAAAUCACAGCACAGAUUCAGGAGUUCUUCUCUGCACAUGGAGGGAUCGACUGCAUUGAUGCUGUGUGUUUUGUAGUGCAGACUUCAUUUGCCCGUCUAACAGACACACAGAACUAUAUCUUUGACUCCAUUCUUUCCAUAUUUGGGAAGGACAUUGCUCAGAACAUCCUUGUGCUGGUCACCUUUGCAGAUGGGAAAAGACCUCCUGUUCUCGAGGCCAUCAAAGUCGCUGAUGUGCCCUGCUCUACCACUGAGUCUGGAGAUCCUCUACACUUCAAGUUCAACAACUCUGCUCUGUUUUCCCCCAAUAACAGAUCUGCAGAUGACGAGGAGUCUGACUGUGACAACUUUGAUGAAAUGUUCUGGAAGUUGGGUUUUUCCAGCAUGAAGAAAUUCUUCACAUCCCUUAUAACAAUGAAAACCCAGAGCCUGUCUCUCACACAGAAGGUAUUAAAAGAGCGUCAGCAGCUAGAAGUGUAUUUGCAGGGUCUCCAGCCCCAUAUCAUUGCUGGUCUGAAAAAACUGGAUGAAAUCAAGAAGAGAAGAGCUGCUUUGGAGCAGCACAAGGCUGAGAUGGAUGCAAACAAGGAUUUUGAAUUUGAAUUAGAAGUAACUGUCCCAAAACAGAUUGAAAACAAAACUAGCUACUACUUAACCAACUGCCAAAAAUGUCACUUCACAUGUUAUGAUAAAUGUGAAUAUGCAAAUGACGGUGAUAAAUAUAAGUGCAUAGUUUUUAAAGAUGGAAAGUGCACUGUCUGUCCAGGAAAGUGUGUCUGGAAUGUGCACUUUAAUCAGAAGUACAAAUGGGAUUAUGUCACAGAAAAGAGAAAGGAAACUUAUCAGGAUUUAAAAAAGUGAUUUGAGGAUGCGCAUGGACAGGUCAUGUCAAAAGAAAAGAUCUUGGAAGAGCUUGAAAAGGAGUUUCAGGUUGUCCAGGAUAUUGUGACUGAACUAAUAGAGAAAUCUCAAAAGUCCUUGGAGCGUCUUCAGGAAAUCGCCCUCAAACCCAAUCCUCUGUCGACCCCCGACUACAUUGAUCUGAUGAUUGAGUCUGAGAAACAAGAGGCUAAGCCUGGAUUUCAAGAUCGCAUUCGGUCUUUAAGAGAAGUCAGGGAGAAGGCAGAGAUCAUCAGUAAGGUUUCCACAGGAAGAGCGCUUCUAGAUGAUUGGAAGGAUUACAAACCUGAAAUAAGAAAAAGAGAAAGAUCCUUUAAUUCAAGGUUCCUGUUCAAUAAUGUAAAGGAUUAAAUUCCGGAAAAAUAAUAAGCAGGAAAUGAAAUAUAAUACAAAUCAAUAAAAUACGAAUUUGAUUUCUAAAAAACAUUUAAAACAACUGCAUUUGAUCAAAGUGCUUUCCAACAUCAUUAAUGACAAAACAAUUACAUACAGUCUGACAAAAAAAAUCGGUCCUGAUCAUUAAUCAGUUCUACUUAUAAUGUGUGAUUUUAAUCUAGACUUAAAAGCAUCCACAGAUGGAGAAGAUUUGAUGUGCAUUAGAAGAGGACAGCCAACGAGAACUCCCUAUUUACUCUUUAAUUUGAAUCUAGUUUUAGGAACAUGAAGAAUCAUCGGACUCAAAGAUCUCAUAUUUCUUCUAUUUUAAUAAGGAAUCAAAAGGUCAACAACAUAUUUUGGGGAGAUGUCAUGCAACGCUUUAAAAACAAUCCCAUGAACCUUAAACUCAAUGCAGAAAUCUCCAAAGCAAACUGAAAUUGAUUAUAUGACAUAACGGUAUCAAAUGCACCUGUUACAUUGAGUAAAAUUAGGAUAACUGCUGUACCUUUCCAGAAUCAGAAUUGCUGGUCAAGUGUGCGUUCAUGCUUAAACUGUGAUAGAAAGAAAUAUGCUCAAAACUAUUAAUGAACUCCUAUGAUUUAACUCUGAACAUAAAGAUGUACGUGGGGUAAUCUGUGACAGAAGAUCAUCAACGUUAUUUGCUAAAAAAAAUAAAUAAAUACCUCUAGGCAAUUAAUAGAAAAUAAAUUAAAAAUCACUUUAUUAAUUGUACUAAAUAAAAUAUUUGGCUUUUUUAUUUUAAUUAAUUAUGUUAUCAAACUAUUUUGCUUCACUGAAAACUUGCCAAGGUUUCUUUUAAAAUUUCAAAUGAUCAUUCUUCCAUUUUCACUCUCUUCUGCAAAUUUACCUAAAAAUAUGGAUUUUACUUUUCAUCCUUCGAUUGAGUUUUUGAUUCCUUGUUUUUUAAUGGUGCAAUCUCAUCAAACAGAAAAAAAUAACUGAAAUACCCAUCAGUUCUAAGGUUCAGAGAAGAAAACUGUAAAUCAUGAUAGAAUUAUGGUGGUGGGACAUAAUGGUGGGAAUGUGUUCAUUUAAACGAUAAGGCACUGUACUUAGUUACUUUUUAAACCGCUUAUCUUUACUCUCUCUCUCUCUCUCUCUCUCUCUCUCUCUCUCUCUCUCUCUCUCUCUCUCUCUAUAUAUAUAUAUAUAUAUAUAUAUAUAUAUAUAUAUAUUCUUAUCUAUAAUUAUACUAUAACUUUUGAUUUUGUUGUUAAAUGUUCUGCAUGAAUUUCUGACAUGUUAACAUGUUUCAAAGUGCAAGUUUUUCAAAACAAUAGCAAUAUUUUCUACAAUGAAACAUAUUUGUGAAAAUGAUCACGUCAUGUGUAUGCAUAUUACGUUUAUAGUAUACAAGUGCUCUGUACAUAAAUACAUAAAUAAAUGAAUAAAAUGCA